AUGGUGCAGCUAACGGGGACGGUGGAUGUAGUAGUAGCAGCAGGCGCAGAGCUGGAAGUUGAAGUGGCAAGAGUCGACGUCGAAGUCAUUGGAACACAGACAAGGUUCAGGCACCCGCAGCGAACAUUGUCACACACCUGGUUCACGUUCAAGCAAUCCGAAUCCGCCGUGCAGGGGAACAGAUCGGCGGGAACGAAAGUGGAAGUAGACGAGGCCGGGAGAAGAGAUGAUGCGGGUAUGUCGCUUGGCGUAAUGAUUGGUGUCGAAGUAAUCAGCAUAGAGGAAGAGCUGCUGGAAGGGGUGCUUGUGGAAACAUCGCUGGUGGAAACAUCGCUGGAGCUGGGGGAUGCACUUGAUGAUACAGAAGUAGAGUCUGAAGGCGUUGGGGUUGUGCUGUCAACGGGCGUCGAGCUCAAAGUGCUUGGCAGCUCGCUCGAGGAACUGAUAGGUGUGGAAUCAGAUGACGAUGGGGUCAAGGAAGAAGGAGUGGAUGACUCGGGAGUAGAAGACGUCCCAGGCGUAGUUGGAGUCUCGGUUCUCGAGGUAGUGAUAGUAAAGAACGACGAGGGAGAUGAUGGCGACGAAGGCGAAGGGCUCAACGCGGUCGAGCUCCCAGUCCAGCUCGCCGGCGUGGUGGAGCCGCCCAGCGACGAGGUUCUGCACUUUCUCUUGGCCUCAGUAGUGUGUGAUGAGAGAAGGGCAAGGACGCCAACAAGCAGAAAUGAUGAUACCAUCGUGACUGGCAAAUUACUGGACUGA